GUAAGCGCGCUUUAUGAAGGUUGCGUUGCGAAGAACGGAUGAUGUUCGAGGAUAGGUCCAUUGAAGAAUAUCUGAGGCUUUAGCGAUGGUGCAGUUUUCAGUGGCAUACCUCAAGGAGGCUGAAAAAGUGUGCAAGAAAAAAAAAGACGAGAAGCAGAGGGCAACGCUUCAGGACUAUCGUCUACUGAUGGAGGUUGGAGCACCUGAAGGUUAAACUGUCGCAAGCUGAUUGAAGCGGUCAUAUCAAUACAUGUUUAGACUUGUUUUGAGUUCAGCCGCACCAUGUGUGAUAACGUUCAUCCUUGAAGUAACGAAAACGAUUCCAUCGUGAUGAUGCAUGAUAUAAGACAAACCUUCGAUAAUAUUAUGUCAUCUCGCCGAUUUACAAGUUGGGACAAUCUUGAGACCUAUUUGAAAGAAGUACAUAGGGUAAUAUGACUUCUUUGGUUAAUAAUUAUUUUUGCAGUACACGCAUACUAAGUACUUUAUAUCAGUAUGUAAAGGGAACAGUGAUGACCCAACUCUAAAGUACUUUUUCGUGAGAUAUGUCUGUACACAUGGACGUAAACGCAGUUCGUCAGAGUCAGAUGCUUGUGGUCAGGAUGUAGAUGAUGAUAGUGAUCAUCAUUCUUCUGAAGAGCAUACAACUUCUAACUCACCACCACAACCCAGACAAAGAAGACGACGUUAGUCAUCUACGUAUGUCUUAUUUCGACUGAAUUUUUCCUACAGGUUGAAAUAUUCCCACUAUCAAUCCGGAUUUUUGGUCCGUGAAGUAAAUGGUGAGCUAAAAGUCACCUCUAUUAAUACCGUGCACAACCAUCCUUGCACUGAAGGCUAUAUUUCUGUAGAUCCUUCAAGACGACAGUUGACGUCAAUUGAACGCUUAUAUUUAAGAACGUUUCUAUUGAGUAAUACGCCAACUCGUAGCUUACGGCAUCUGGUUUCUUGGAAGUUCCAUAAACAGCUCACCAAGGACGAUAUCGCCAAAAUGCGUUCACAGUUGUACCCAGCUAGUAUGUAUUGACUGGACUUAUCAGGCCAAAAAAGUUGGAUAAGUAAUAAGCAGUAAUAAAUUUACCCUAAAGUCUUCCACUAGCUCCUCCUGGAGUCCCUCCGGGGGCUACUGCCGAUCCCAAGCCCGGAUAAAGGAGGAGGGGUGGGCAUGGGGUUAGCGACCCCAUCCCGUGGAAAACUAAUUCGCUAAAAAAACGCUAACGGGAAAAAAUUAUCCAAACUUUUUAAACUCUGCCCUGGGAGUCAGGUCUUCAUUUAAGGAGUUAUGACGCCUCAUGAUGAAAGCCGAGUUCGUUCGGAAGUUACGAGGCCGAUGCCCCUUCUGACAACCAGAGCAAACAUUUAUUUAGGUACAUGGAAUACUCGUACAAUGUAGGAGAUCGGGAGAGUUCCAAAUUGCUGCAGAAAUGAGGAGAUACAACCUAGAGGUGCUUGGGAUCAGUGGAACACGUUGGACAACAACGACUAGCUUCAGGGGAGCUUCUGUUAUACUCCGGCCAUGAUGAAGAUAAUGCCCCGCAUACACAAGGAGUUGCAUUGAUGCUGUCCAAACAAGUACACAAUACACUUAUAGGAUGAGAAUCUCAUAGACCAAGGAUCAUCAAAGCCACCUUCAAAACAAAGAAAGAGGGUAUGUCAAUGAGCGUCAUCCAAUGCUACGCGCCUACCAACGACCAUAAUGAAGACGCUAAAGAUCAAUUAUACAAUAAGCUGCACUCAAUCGUCGAGGAGGGCCCAACAAAGGACCUGACCAUUCUGAUAGGAGAUUUAAAUGCCAAGGUUGGAAUGGACAACACCGAAUAUGAAGACAUCAUGAGACGACACAAACUGGGAGAAAGGAACGAAAAUGGUGAGAGAUUCGCAAACCUAUGUGCCUUCAAUAAACUGGUCAUAGGCGGCACUAUAUUCCCACAUAAACGCAUUCACAAAACCGCAAGGACUUCACCUAAUCACACUACGCAAAACCAAAUCGACCAUAUCUGCAUCAAAAAAACGUCCAGGAGGACGAUGGAAGACAUGAGAACCAAGAGGGGAGCUGAUAUGGCAUCAGAUCAUCACUUGCUGGUCGCCAAGAUGAAAUUGAAACUCAAGAAGUACUGGACAACGGGGCGGACAACAUCACAAAAGUUCAAUACAGCCUUUCUUCAGGAUACUAACAAACUCAACAAAUUCAAGAUAGACCUCAGCAACAAGUUCCAGGCCUUUCAUGAUCUACUCUAUGGAGAAGGAACUACUGUGGAGAGCAACUGGAAGAGGAUCAAGGAGGCAAUCACUUCAACAUGUCAUGAGGUCCUGGGUCACAAGAAGCACCAUCACAAGGAAUGGAUCACUGUUGAUACACUGGAUAAGAUUCAAGAAAAGAGGAACAAGAAGGCAGCAAUCAAUACCAGCCGAACAAGAGCAGAAAAAGCCAAAGCACAAGCUGAAUACAUAGAAGUAAACAAACAAGUGAAGAGGUGCAUCAGAACCGACAAACGUAAAUAUGUGGAAGAUUUAGCUAUGACGGCAAAAAAGGCUGCAAGAGAAUGAAACAUGAGAGAAUUGUAUGACGUAACAAAGAAACUCUGGAAAACACCUUAAACCAGAACGACCAGUGAAAAGCAAGGAAGGCAAGGUAAUCAUCAAUUUCGAAGAACAAUAAAACAGGUUUGUAGAGCGCUCUUGAAUCGACCAGCUCCAAUGAACCCACCCAACAUCGAAGCAGCACCCACGGACCUCCCAAUCAAUGUUGGCCCGCCAACAAUUGAAGAAAUCAGCAUGGGCAUCAGACAAAUCAAGAGCGGCAAAGCAUAGGGACCAGAUAACAUUCCAGCAGAGGCACCGAAAGCAGACGUAGAAGUAGCUGCAAGGAUACUCCACAUUCUCUUCAGUAAGAUUUGGGAUGAAGAACAAGUACCAAGAGACUGGAAAGAAGGACUUUUGGUCAAAAUAACAAAAGUCGAUCUCAGCAAGUGUGAUAACUACAGGGGCAUCACUCUUCUCUCAAUACCGGGAAAAGUCUUCAACAGGGUAUUGUUAAACAGGAUGAAGGACUCCGUAGACGCCCAACUUCGAGACCAACAGGCAGGAUUCCGUAAGGAUCGAUCGUGUACGGAUCAAAUCGCAACACUACGGAUCAUUGUGGAACAAUCAAUUGAAUGGAAUUCAUCACUCUACAUCAACUCCAUUGACUACGAAAAGGCAUUUGAUAGCAUGAGCAGAACAAAACUCUGGAAGAUUCUUCGUCACUACGGCGUGCCUCAGAAGAUGGUCAAUACCAUACGGAAUUCCUAAGAUGGAUUAAACUGCAAAAUUGUGCAUAGAGGACAGUUGACAAAGUCGUUCGAGGUAAAGACCGGUGUCAGGCAAGAUUGCUAACCCUCACCCUUUCUCUUUCUCCUGAUGAUCGACUGGAUCAUGGAGGCGUCAACAUCUGGGGGGAAGCACGGGAUACAGUGGUCAUCUGGGAUGCAGUUGGACGAUCUAGACUUCGCAGGUGAUCUGGCCCUCCUAUCAAAAACGCAACAACAAAAGUAGGAGAAGACGACCAGUGUGGCAGCAGCCUCAGCAGCAGGUCUCAAUAUACACAAGCGGAAAAGCAAGAUUCUCCGAUACAACACAGCAUGCACCAAUCCAAUCACAAUUGACGGAGAAGAUUUGGAAGAUAAAAAAACCUUUACAUACCUUGGCAGCAUCAUUGAUGAACACUGUGGAUUUGCUGCAGAUGUGAAAGCACGGAUUGGUAAAGCAAGAGCAGCAUAUUUACAACUGAAGGACAUCUGGAACUCAAAACAACUGUCAACCAACACCAAGGUCAGGAUUUGCAAUAAAAAUGUCAAGACAAUUCUACUGUAUGGGGCGAAAACCUGGAGAACUACGAAAGCCAUCAUCCAGAAAAUACGGGUGUUUAUUAACAGUUGUCUAUACAAAAUACUUCUGAUUCAUUGGCCAGACACUAUCAGCAACAACCUACUACUAGAGAGAACAAAACAGAUCCCAGAAAAGGAAGAAAUCAGGAAGAGGCGCUGGAAGUGGAUAGGACACACACUGAGUAAAACACCCAACUGUGUCACAAGACAAGCCCUCACAUGGAAUCUUCAUGGCCAAAGGAAAAGAGGAAGACCAAAGAACACAGUACGCCGGAAAUGAAGAUAGACAUGAGGAAAAUGAACAAUAAUUGGAUGGAACUAGAAGAGAAGGCCCAUGACAGAGUGGACUGGGGAAUGCAGGUCGGCGGCCUAUGCUCCAUUAGAAGUAAUAGGCGUAAGUAAGUAAAGUUUUCCACUGUUCCAGCUAGUGGCUACUGAUAGUCUUGGGCAAGGGCACUGUUAUUUAUCCUCUUUGCAGGCAAGAACGACGCGAAGAUGUCGUAAGACUAUUGGAAUGAUUUAAAGACAUAAUGUGCGGUACUGAUGAUGCACGUAUUUUCGUUAUAUAUUCGGCAGCGACCGAAGUUUCAGCAGUACAGUCUACACACAGUCAUGCCAACAUUGUACUUUGUUCAUUCCAUGCCUUAAGAACAUUUUUCAGGAAGGUAAGUGUUAGCUGUACAAGUUAUUUUCUGUAGUUCCGAAAUCCUGACUACAUCCCGCCCUGUGGUCAUAUUUUGUAUGCAUAUUCUAAAGAUCUAAUUCGUGAAGGUAAGUGUGUGUUUCUUUGUCUCUAAAAGCAUUGUAGACUUAUUUCAAUAUAGCAGCCGGUGGACAAGGAAAUACAUAAUGAACUUGGUUCUUCGUGUGAUGGACAACGUGUCAAUCUUUACAGGGAGUGAUGAUCUGCUAGAGAAGUUCACUAACAACUACCACUCAAUCCAUGCUCUUAGUUAACCUUUGACAAGCAAACUCAUCCGUUCAUGCCUCGAAGCAUUGGAAGACAUAUGCGCACAAGUGGUGAGUCCAAUCGGUGCUAAUGAUGAAGCCACAUCGUCAGAAUCCAUUGUUCUCACUGACUAUAGCUAUGCAUCCUGAUAACAAGUUUUAAAAUUGUAAUCUUUUUAGUUUUACAUAAAUUAAUUUAUAUGGCCAUUAACUUGUUCUUAUAGCGUUACGGCAGGGAGAGUGUAAUGUGCAGUCUUAUGUAGUUGUGAGACAUAGGGAUGUUGAUUGUAACAAUUAUCAGGUUGGCGCACACGCGAUUAGUCCUACAGACCGUUUACCAAAUACUGCAACCCUGAAC